AUGUUCCGACUCUUUCGACCACUGAUCUUCACGAAGCCCUUCGUGCGGCCACUCUUGUCUGAAACAAAGGGCUUCAGUGCAGUGGAAGCACUAGAAUAUCUGGAUAACACAAAGAAGCUUAGCAUACCCGGAUUCGACACCAAUAAACCCGCAGUCUUUAGAUCCGCAUUCUCCGAUUUCCCAGCGGCGAAGAAAUGGUUCAAGGCAACCAAUGAACAUUCUGGUUACCCUCAGAAGCUUGAUAUGGGGUAUCUGGAAAAACAUGGCAACGCAAUUGUGCCGCUAGAAGUAACGCGACCAUCCGCCCACAAUGUGCAGAACGAGACGUUCGAUCGCGUCGAAGCGCCUUUCUCCCUUCUUUUAGCCCACAUGGGCGCAACGGAGGGGCAAGAUGUGCGCCUUUACCUCGCGCAACACUUGUUAGAAGACCUUCCAGCGGAAUUGAACAAAGAUUUGCCCACGCCAUUGACUUUCCUAACGUGCUUGAAAGCUCGUGGUGACAUCUAUGCGUCGAGUCUCUGGAUGGGUAGACCGCCGACUCGUACUCCGUUGCACCGGGAUCCGAAUCCAAAUCUCUUUGUGCAAUUGGCGGGUAAGAAGAAGAUUAGGAUGAUGACGCCUGAGGUCGGAAGAGGCGUGUUUGAGAGGGUGCGGCAGCAGAUACGUGGAGCUGCUGGUGAUGCGAACAUGAGAGGUGCAGAGAUGAUGCAGGGGAGGGAGAUGGAGGAUCUUGAGAAUGCAGUGUGGGGUGAGAAUGAGAACGGAGUAAGAGGAUGGGAAACGACCCUUACAGCCGGCGAUGCGCUAUACAUUCCUUUGGGGUGGUGGCAUGCCGUGAAGGGUGUUGGGGAGGGCGCAAAUGGUUCUGUCAAUUGGUGGUUCCGCUGA